UAUAAGUAUAGGCUCGGCAAUUAUACUGACUUUCAAUUGCUGAUCUCGGGCUGGAUCUUAUUUUCCCUCUCGUUCGGUGUCACGUGGAGGGAGUUGUAUAAGACACAGCUUGCUCCUACUUCUUUGACUCUCGAACGUCACUUACACCUUGUCCUCUGACUAUAUCAACUGAAUAGCUCCCAGUCACAAUGGCAUGCGGCUCAGGAUGUUGUGGCCCUGCGAAGGCGUCGCCCAUCUCUACACCAGUGAAUGUUGAAGUAUCGAACGAUAAAGAAGUUGAGCAACUGACUGCUCCAUCCUGCGUUGAGCCCGAAAACCCCAUACAAACUCUCCCAACAAGCAGGCCUUCUGAGGAGGACAAGGCUGACGAUUGCAACGAUGACUGCUGCAAUCCAGCGGUUAAGGAAGCUUGUACUGCAGACGAUGCAUCGUCAUGCUGCGGAUCAAAUUCCAAUUCAGGCGACAGAUCAAACACACUGAAGGAUGAAAAUGAGCCCGGAGAACGGGGCUGCAAGGACGCUUGCUGCGAUGACGAUACAUCUGAUGACGAUUCUUCAGAUGAUGGAUGCUGUACUUCGAAGAAGAAUAAGGAUUCACAUCCCCAACCCCCGGAUGAUGGAGAUAAAUGCUGCUCGGAUGAGAAGAAGAGUAACGCAAAAGCUCCACUUCCUGUCGGAAAGGGGGGUGGGUGUUGCACAGAGAAGAAAGUCUCAGCAGGAUGUGGGGGUGGAUGUUGUUCUGAGAAGAAGGCAAUGAACGAAACCACUAAAGAGAUCACUCAGACCUUGACAGGUCGAAGUGACCCUGAGCGCGGUCUCUCCGGAAAAGAGCAUGUCAUUCUAAGCAUCUCAGGGAUGACUUGCACUGGCUGCGAAACGAAACUAUCACGAACGCUCUCAACCCUUCCCGCGAUUACACGAUUGAAAACCAGCCUCGUUCUAUCGAGAGCUGAGUUUGACCUUGACACUAGUAUGUCGUCCGCUGAAGACGUUGUCAAGCAUCUUGAGAGAACCACCGAGUUCAAAUGCGAACGAGUCACAAACAACGGAUCCAGCAUCGACUUCAUAGUCGACAAUCCGAUAGAUUAUGUCAAAGGGGACUGGCCUCAAGGCGUGCUUGAGAUGAAAGCCGUGGACAAGAAGAUCAUUCGUGUCGACUUCGAUCCAAAAGUCAUAGGUGCAAGAGAUCUCUCUGAGAAGGGCUGGUAUAAUCCAAUGCAGCUCGCUCCACCCCAAGCGGAUCCUACUUUACAUGCUGGGGCUCGUCAUGUGAGAAACGUGGGAUUUGCAACAUUGGUCUCAAUUGCGCUCACCAUCCCGGUCUUGGUUCUUGCUUGGGCACCUCUCUCGGACAAAGAGGCCAAGAAGAUCACUCACGGAUCAAUAUCGCUGGCUUUUGCAACCAUCAUCCAGAUUGCAAUCGCCGGUCCCUUCUACCCCAAAGCACUCAAAGCUUUAGUUUUCUCUCGCGUGAUUGAGAUGGACCUCUUAAUCGUUCUGAGCACAAGCGCUGCAUACAUAUUCUCCGUCAUCGCAUUUGGAUAUAUGGUCACUUCAAAUCCACUCUCGACAGGCGAAUUCUUUGAAACCAGCACCCUACUUGUCACCCUGAUCAUGGUUGGCCGGUACAUUGCCGCCUUAUCACGUCAGAAAGCUGUCGAAUCCAUUUCCAUCCGUUCAUUGCAAGCCACUUCAGCUACUAUCAUCGACACUACUGGUGUUGAGAAGGAUAUCGAUGCCAGGUUGCUACAGUUUGGUGACGUCUUCAAGGUGUCACCAGAACACAAAGUUCCUACCGAUGGUACAGUAAUAGGAGGAACAUCCGAGGUAGAUGAGUCAAUGUUGACUGGAGAGUCAAGGCCUGUUGAGAAAAAGAAGGGCAGCGCUGUGAUUGCUGGUUCUAUCAAUGGGUCUGGCGCCCUCACAGUUCGGUUGGGUCGAGUUCCGGGCGACAACACGAUUAGUACCAUUGCUGGCAUGGUUGACGAAGCCAAGUUGUCGAAACCCAAGGUACAAGAGAUCGCAGAUCGGGUUGCCUCCUACUUUGUGCCCGUUGUCAUCUCUAUCACCAUUGUUGUGUUCUGCAUCUGGAUCGCUGUUGGCAUUGCCGUGCAGGGCAAAUCCGGGAGCGAAGCUACGGUUCAAGCCGUCACCUAUGCAAUUACGGUCUUGAUCGUGUCAUGCCCUUGCGCGAUAGGUCUAGCUGUGCCGAUGGUCGUCGUAGUUGCAACCGGAGUCGCCGCCGAGCGUGGGAUCAUCUUCAAAUCUUCUAAUGCAAUUGAGGUGGCGUACAAGACUGCACAUGUCGCAUUUGACAAGACGGGAACUCUCACCCAAGGAAAGUUAUCAGUUGUCAGAGAAGAAUAUCUGAACCCUGCUGUUAGCACAAAAUCUAUGCUGCUUGGUCUCAUCGGCAGUAGUAAACAUCCGGUCUCAGUUGCGGUAGCAAACCAUCUAAAGGGCAUGGACAUUUCACCGACAACGAUCUCGAAUGCCAAAUCAGUUAUUGGAAAGGGAGUCGAAGGCUCUUUCGCAGGCCGCAAACUGCAGGCGGGUAAUUCAAGGUGGCUUCAACUCGGGGAGCAUUCCUUGGUCCAGUCUUUGGCUGCAGAAGGGUACACUGUGUUCUGCUUCACCGUGAACGGCGAGGUUGCGGCAGUGUUUGGUCUGGAAGACUCGCUGCGGGAGGAUGCACAUGAGACCAUCACCAAACUCCAAGCCAAAGGCAUCUCCGUCCAUUUGGUAUCUGGCGAUGAUGGGGGCGCCGUCCAAAAAGUGGCCUCGCAGCUUCAAAUCCCCUCAGCGAAUGUACAGUCACAUUGUACACCAUCUGACAAGCAAGAAUACAUCAAAGAUUUACUUUCUCGCCGUGUUGGAAAGGGAAACAAGCAGCCGGUUGUCAUAUUUGUCGGCGACGGUACCAACGAUGCUGUGGCUUUGGCACAAGCUACCAUCGGCGUUCACAUGAACGAGGGCACUGAUGUUGCACAGUCUGCAGCUGAUAUCGUGCUGAUGCGACCUAAUCUUGCCGGGGUUAUUACUGCCAUUGCCGUGAGUAGAAAAGCAAUGCAUCGAGUGGCAUUCAACUUCGGCUGGAGUUUCGUAUACAAUGUGUUUGCAAUCCUUCUGGCAGCGGGCGCGUUCGUCCACGCUCGAAUUCCUCCUGAAUUUGCUGGACUCGGUGAGCUUGUGAGCGUUCUUCCGGUCGUUGCUGCAGGUGUUCUUUUGAAAUGGGCGCGGUUUUGA